ACCCCCCUCUCCUCUCUAUUUCCCUCCCCCCCACCAGUGUAGCCAAACGAUGAUACCAGGGGUCUUGUGCCUACACGAUUGUCGUCUGUGCUUGCACACCCUCCCUAGCGUCCGCUCCCUCACCGGGAAAGGUAUGCAACAUUGAGGUGCUGAGUCGACACUGAACGCAUACUUCUUCGCUUAUCCCACAUCGGUCCACUACGCUUCGGUAUCAUCCCUCUAUCUCGCCAAUCCUACGCUCCAGUCAAAAUGAAUUUCCGAGAAAAGGUGCGGAAGGUGUUCCGCCGGUCCAGCAGUGGGUCCUCCAAAUCCAAGGGCAAUGGCAUCAAGAUCGAAUACUAUAAACGCCAUGAAAUCCCCCGCUCCAAGUUCAAGGGCCCUUUCGAUCGAGAACAUCAACGCAAACUCGCAGCAUGGUCAUUCGGCGAGGCUCAAGCAGAGCGGCCGCGUUCGCCCGACCUCUGUCUAUCCCCGUGUGCGUCAAUACCGGACUAUCUGAGAGCUCGUUAUGAAGAAGACGACGACCUGGCUCCCGAUCAGAUCCCGACAGCAGCACCAGAAGUAGACGUGACAGUUGCAUCCCCUUCGGUUUCCCACGACGAAUACGCCUGCGGCCGACAAGGAGACAGUGGUUCGUCAUCCUCCACAGCCGUGGAGCCCGAAAGCUACAGCGAAUCGAUGAUGACGCUCUAUGCCGAAGUCGACCGGCUGGACUCGAUCGCCCAGCUGAAGGAAACCAUCCGCUACACCUCCCCGGCGUUGCGAGCCAUUUCGCCGCCCCCCUUAUCGCCCAAGGGGUGUUGCAUGCCGUUCUCACCGGAAGACUUGACACGGGCGUUGAACGCCGUGCAGAUCUGCUCAUAGUACUUUUUAAUUCGCUUCCGACUUCCGGCAAGAUCUUCGCUUCUUCCCAUCACGUGA